GGGGCGGCGAGAGGGACAGAAUCCGUAGCGAAGGAGCCGACGCGAGCGACGAGCCCGCCCAGCUUCUCUCCACACACUCACACAGGCACCCGGGUUAGGGCUGCUUGCCUUUGGGAGCGCUCCAAUGCCUGGACCUACCCAAGCGCUGUCCCCAAAUGGAGAGAACAACAACGACAUCAUCCAGGAUAACGGCACCACCAUCAUCCCUUUCAGGAAACACACGGUGCGAGGGGAGCGUUCCUACAGUUGGGGAAUGGCGGUCAACGUGUAUUCUACCUCUAUAACCCAAGAGACUAUGAGCAGACAUGACAUCAUUGCAUGGGUGAAUGACAUAGUAGCUUUAAACUACACAAAAGUUGAACAACUAUGUUCAGGGGCAGCUUACUGCCAGUUCAUGGAUAUGUUAUUCCCAGGAUGUAUUAGCUUGAAGAAAGUAAAAUUUCAGGCAAAGCUGGAGCAUGAGUACAUCCAUAACUUCAAACUUCUACAAGCAUCAUUUAAAAGAAUGAAUGUGGAUAAGGUGAUUCCAGUGGAGAAAUUAGUAAAGGGGCGUUUCCAAGACAACUUGGAUUUCAUACAGUGGUUCAAGAAAUUCUUUGAUGCUAACUAUGAUGGGAAAGAAUAUGAUCCAGUGGAGGCCCGGCAAGGACAAGAUGCUAUUCCGCCACCUGAUCCUGGGGAACAGAUCUUUAAUUUGCCAAAAAAAUCUCAUCAUGCAAACUCCCCUACAGCAGGUGCUGCCAAAUCCAGUCCAGCUUCAAAACCAGGCUCAACACCAUCUCGCCCAUCAUCAGCAAAAAAAACACCACCAAGCAGCUCAGCAUCUAAAUCUGAUAAAGAUUUGGAGACACAAGUCAUACAGCUCAGUGAACAGGUACAUUCAUUAAAACUUGCACUUGAAGGUGUGGAGAAGGAAAGGGAUUUCUAUUUUGGAAAAUUAAGGGAGAUCGAGCUUCUCUGUCAAGAACAUGGGCAGGAAAAUAAUGACCUUGUCCAGCGGCUAAUGGAAGUUCUCUAUUCUUCAGAAGAACAUGAGAGCCACACAGAAGACCAUGAAGGUGAGGAACUGGUUCACGAACAGCCCCAACAGCAGGAAGAAUACUGAUUGCUUGACACACUUUUAAUUUUGUGUGGAACUUUCUUCUGAAGAAUGGAACGUGUGUGGCCUCAGACUUGAAACCAAUCACUCUCAGUCUGCCAUUAACAUAAAUGUACCAUAGUGAGUGUCAGCCAACUGCUGCAUUCUGUACCCAUCCUUUGCCAAGAUGUGUUUGCAGAAGUCUUCUUAUCAGGGUAUGCACCUGAGAAGGUCUCCGGGCUUUGUUCCCAAUUUCUGCCACUGCAACUUCACUAUUUGGCUGCUUGAGAUUUGUUCCGCUUUUUAAAAUAUAUAUAUAUAUAUAUAUAUAAUAUAUAUUUAUUUUUUUCCUUUUGUCUUAAGUAUGAUACAUUUGUAAUUUGUUCGAAACUAUUUAUAUGGGCAUCUCUUAUGACAAAAAAAGUACUAUUCUGUUAGGUUUCUCACAUUUCAUGGUAAUUUGAUCCACUUUGGGCAUAAAUUUGGUCAAUCUGUGUGAAAGAGGGGAAACUACUGAAAUGACAGUCAAAUUAUACUUGUUCCCAUCUUUUAUUAUGGCACAUAAGCAAGCAGCGUUUUCCUAAUGAAGAGAAAAGCAAAACACCAUGAACUGUAAUCCUCCUGAUGUUGUACACCAAAGCAUGUUAGAAAACUGCACAUUAUAUCCUUUAUUUCUGGAAGAUGCAUACAUGCCUGUCUAAUUCUUACAGCGAGAGCUUUGUGACGUUUACCCUAUUAGAAAUAUUCUUCCUGUUUCAAUUCCAUAUUCAGUGUCUGUCAGGUGUUUAUAAAAGUCUUCACUAUGAUAUCUGUACCUGCAGAUGUCACUUCAGAUUCCCACUAAAGGAAAUGGGGAUUAUGAGUAUCAGGCACUUUCUUUUUCAUCUUGUGUAUGUGGAGAAUAAACACUUUUUAUUGUAGGAUUGGGCAUGCCAAAAUAUUUACUAGCACAAUCAUGCAUAGUUUUUCUCUGAAGUCUUUAUACCGUCAUCUUUGAAAUGUAAUGUUCAAUGACCAUCUCCUUUCCACACACAUAAUAAUGCCAGUUUUCAAGAAUGGUGGGAGGUAAAGAUAUAUUGCAACCAGAUGAGAAUGGUUCUUUGGUCUAUCUGUGUGACUACUGAAUGGAUUGGCAAGAUGCAGAAACAAAUUGUCAGUUUCAUUGCCACAUGUUUUAAUAUUACCCUUCUUGUUAAACUUGCACUUAGAUGAUGGCAUUUUAUAAUAGAACUAUAGCAAAUCUUGUAUUAAAACAUUCCUAAUUUCUUAAACUUAAAUUGCACACUUUCUUAGUCUAGUUCUAGUUGUUGUUGGUCUUUCUUUCUUUCUUUUUGAUUUAUGGUUUUCCUGGUUUGCUGUUUCACUUCUCAAAUUCAGAUUUGGCUGGUUGUUUGGCUAGAAUCUAAUAGAAUAUCAAUCUACAGACUACAAUUACUGACGGUCUCCAUAUAGCCUUGUAAACAAUGGUGUGUCAUCGCUAAUUAAUGGUGGUUUCCUACAUUCAUGUACACAUGCAAGGUCUCCUUACAACAGUAUUUUCUGUUUAUUCUUGCAGAAGUCUGUUGCAACAGAGUGACUCUUAUUUAGUCGCAGCUCAGGCAGCAUGUAUAAUGAAUGCUUUUAAACAUUCAAACAAAUGUUUGCAUUUCCUUAUCCUAACCCCCUUAGCUCAACAGAAAUGGAGCCAAUCUCUUCAGAUUGGAAGAGUUUGCACAGCUUGCCCUCAUCCCAUAUCACCUUACCACUAUGAAAAUCAAAUACCCCCUUUGCUAGACAUCAUAUUUUAUAUUGUUAGCAGAAGUGAUUUGGUUUCACUUAAAGGCUUUAUACAUAAAACAAUUAAUGAAUGGAGUAGCUUUCAGGAGGAUGUAAUAUACUGUCAUGAUCCAGCAAAGAAAGAAGAUAUACAUAUUAUGUUUUAAAAUGUCCAUAAUAAUUAUUAUUAGUUACACUGUCCCCAAAAUGCCCAUUGUGAUCAAAGGGAAUUUGGGGCAUUUACAAGAUUUCUGAACCAGCCUUUAAGCACCCCUUCAUCACCACCAGUUGUAUCCAUGUUUCUUUCUCCUCUUGAGCAAAUUUUCAGAUCACUUCCUUUUGAAGCGCUUUCCGGGCUUUUCCGGGUUUCUUUGGUCCUAGAUAGUUCCCAUCAAAGCUUCUUUGCCCUUUAGUCCUGUCACUUAGAAUUGUGUGUGUAUGCGUGAGUGGAGGAGGAAAGAGUUAUAAAUCUGGUUUUCUUCUGUUCUUUUUAUAUAACUGAUAUGUGGAGCAAUUUCCCUGGACCACAUUUUUUGUUGCUGUUUGGGAACAGGAAAUGGCUGCCCUAGGAAACAAGAGGAUGAGAAAGCAAGACGUACGUAUGUGUGAGUGUGUGUAAAGCAGGGAUGGGCAACUUGAGUUCCUCCAGAUGUUUUGGCCUACAACUUCUAUGAUCCCUCACCAUUCGCUAUGUUGAUUAGGGCUGCUGUGAGUUGUAGGCCAAUACAUCUGGAGGGCUACAAGUUGUCCAUCCUGGUGUAAAGCCUAAACUGCUCAGUUGUGCUGAGGGGAGUGAGAGACUCUGGAAAGGGAAAGAGGACUCCCCCUGCCCCUUCUGUGGUGAGUAACCCUGUUAUUCCGUUAUGGUUUUAAUAUGCAUUUGUAAUUACUUUUACUAAAUAGCACACCAUAAAGCUUUGGUUAUAUAUUAAAUGUAAACUGAAAGGAAUGUAAACAUAUGUAUUGUUAAUUAUAAAUAGAUAAGUAAUGACAUAAUAGAUGCAAAAGUCUUAUUCAGAUGUAUCAUUCAUUUUACGUUACCCACCAAUUGUCGCAUGAUAGAGUAGACUUUUUUUUGGGGUCUCUGAAUAUGUGAAUAACUUGACUUGCGUUUAUCUUUUUACUUAUUUAAUAAAAAAAGUAUAUGUUACAA